AUGGAUGAAUAUCGAGAAUCUCAAAAGAAAAGAGUUCAAGAGGCAUUAGAUAUGGGUGAACUUGAAACUGGUAGAGGCUUGCAUCAAGAAUUUGGUCUUACUAGAGCUUGUGAUACUCGUUGGGGAUCCCACUACAAAUCUUUUAGUAACUUUAUUCUUAUGUUUGGUUCAAUUAUUGAUAUACUUAAUGAUAUUGUUAUUGAUUCACAUUGUCCAGAUGAAAGUGCCAAAGCAAUGGGAUUUCUCAGAGCAUGUCAAACAUUUGAUGUUGCAUUCAUAUUGCAUUUGAUGAGAGAUAUUUUAGCAAUCACAGAUGAGCUUAACAAAUGCUUACAGAAAAAAGAGCAAGAUAUUGUAAAUGCCAUGCUACUUGUUCAAGUAGCAAAGAAAAGGUUGCAAAAGUUAAGAGAGGAAGAAUGGGGUUCGCUUAUUGAUAAAGUAUCUAGAUUUUAUAUCAAGUAUCAAAUUUUGAUACCUAAGUUAGAUGAGUCGUACUUUACCUCUUUGAGAUCACGGCGUAAACUUGCUGGUUGUACUAUCUCACACCAUUAUUACGUUGAAGUAUUUUGCAAAGUUAUUAAUUGUUUUGAUCUCAGGAAAAUAAUGAGAAUGACUGAACAUUAUCCUGAUGACUUUGAUGAAUUUAGUAUGGGGGUUCUUGAAAAUCAACUUGCGAGUUACAUUAUUGAUGUUCGUGAUCUUGAUGAAAGGUUCUCCGAUCUAAAAGGACUUUGUGAUCUUUCAAAAAGAUUAAUUCAGACAAAGAAGCAUUCAAACUACCCUCUUGUAUUCCUCUUAGUGAAACUUGUCUUGCUUUUGCCAGUUGUCACUGCAUCCGUUGAAAGAACUUUUUCGGUUCCUUUGAAUGAAAAUGUGGCUAAUUUAUUUACCAAGUCUCUACCAACUGCAACUUUCAAGAAGAUGAUGCACAAGCUUGGAAUGUGA